AUGUUGGCAGGAGACAGUUUUAUGAAUGACAGUGAUAGUAGAGAAGCAAGAGGGGAAGGGACGAAGGAAAAGUUUUCUACGCCCGACUCGGAGCAUCACCAUCGGGAGAAGCUUUACACUACCGAAGAAAGCGACAUCGAUGACCAUGAAACUGAGCAAGCCAUCGAAAUCUUCGAGGAGCCAUCAAAUUUCAAGACCAUCAAAGUCCAGCAGCUUGUCUACAAGAUCCAAGAAGAGGAGGAGAAGCUCAAUGGAUAA